AUGAUGGAAUCAGAGAAAAGGGUUUCUUUAUUUGGAGACAAUGUGGAUCUCAUAGAUGCGUCGUUCUCGACGUACCUAAACGACAAUGCGACGAUGCUUAAACUUACUCAACCGUUGCAAGUCAACGCGAAAAAGAAGGUGGAAGAUGGAGAAAUCGGGAUUUUUGGGGCCGAAAAGUACUUCAAGGGUGCCAUGGAUGAACAACUUCCAAGAACUCCUAAGCUCAUCCAGCCUGCAAACGUGAACCCACAAGCGAAAGAUGAAGACCCGGCUAAACCGAAAGGUGAAUCGGGUACUCGGAGUGUUCGGUCUGAAUCGAGUUGGAACAGUCGGAGCGGUUUGUUGGUUAAUAACGGUGGGAAUCAAAGAGUUCAUAGGUCUAGAAGGGAGAAAAGUAGCACGGUUAAAAGCUUACUGGCCUCCCUUGGUUGCAACUGUAACGAUAAGGCUUCGGUUACGAUCACCGAAAACCGGGUUCAUGUUGUGAAACCACCAGCGAAAUCCAGUGAUUUUGACGACAAGAAAAGAGAUGAUUGUUUCGCUUUUCCGGUGUUGAAUGCUCGUGUGGCGGUUAAAGCCGCUAUACCCGAAGAUGCCGAAGGGGACGUUACUCGCAUUAAAGCAAGGCGGAACUCUUCAGAGGUUUUCAGUUCUCCGAUUUUGGAGAACAGGAAGAAAUCUUUUAGCUUGGAGAGGAAACUAACCAUGUUGAACUGGGAUGGAGUGACUCCGAGAGCCGAAAACAUCGGUAUUUCGAAUAACGCGGAGGGCAACGAUGCAGCUAGUGAUGCAAGCUCAGAUUUAUUCGAGAUCGAGACCUUCUCAACUAACGGGAAUAACUCGUUUCUUGCUCGACAAGUUUCGAACGGGAGGUCAAGCAACGCAACGCUCCCGAACGGGUACGCCUCGAGCGAGGCAAGCAUUGCAUGGAGUGUCGUUACAGCCAGCGUCACCGGUUUCUCGAUCAUAUCCGAUUACGAGGAUACGAGGGCAUUCAAGACUCAUAACAUGGAGAGGAUGAUCAAAGGUACCAGUAUUCUUUCCGGGUGUAACAGUCAUAAAUCAGUGAGAGUUGCCGGUGAACACUUGGUGGUAAGCGGCGGUGAUAAGGCGGGCGUUACGGUCGGCAACACCACGAAAGAGCGGUGCCGGUUGGAUUCUGUUGUGCCGGUUGUGAAGUUCCAGGCGGAGACCAAGCCAAUGAGUUCACAUUCUCCACGUGCUUCACACCACUUGUACAUUCAACAGCAAUAGAGAGUUGUACAUUUGUGUGUCCACAUAUCAGUUGGAUUGUUGAUAGAUUUUAUUCCCAAAGUAAAAUGUGUUACGCAGAUAUUUCAGUUG